AUGACUCCAAGUAUACCACAGAUUCCGACCACUUUGAAAAAUAAUCAAAAUCAAAAAUUGCAGAAGUGGUUUAAACCAAGCGUGAUUUCAAUUGGUCCCUAUUACUAUGGUCAAAAGGAUUACCAGGAAGCACAAAACCUCAAGUUUGGGCAUGCUAUGAAGUUCAUUGAGGAAAGUAAGCAGAAGAAAGAUGAUUUGUACCUCAGAAUAAAAAAUGAGACACCGGAACUGCAGAAGUGCUACCAUAAUAAGACAAUAUCGGACGGUACCCAGAAACUGGCGACGAUUUUCUUGCUGGACGGGUGUUUUUUACUACAUUUCAUCAACUACAGCAGCGAGGAGUAUGGGUCCAAACUUUUGGGUUUUACAAAUCAUGAAAUGACUCAUAUAAAACAGGACUUGUUCUUGCUGGAGAACCAACUUCCCUAUGAAGUCCUCAAGCUGCUGUUAAAGGACGCAGAAAAUUCAAUUCCGAUGAAAGAAAAGAUAAACAAUUUCGUUGCAUCUCAUGUCCCCUUUCCUCGAGGAAUACGGGUAACAGAACUGAAUCUUACACCUCGCCAUCUGCUCCACUAUUUGCAAUGUAUCAUUUUAGACAAAUCCGGAACAAGUAGCCCAACACACAAACAGGACGAAGAAGACAAAGGACGUGGGAGGGGGAGACUCGAAGGGGGCUCAUGUAAAAACGUCCAGGAGCUUAGGAAAGUGGGCAUCCAUUUUAAGCCCAGUCCCACGAGUUAUUUGACAGACAUUUCUUUCAAGCCUCACUUUGGCACCACCGGAUGCCUCAAGCUUCCUACCUUUUCCAUGAACACCUCCACUAUGAUAAUUUUCUUAAACUUGAUAGCCUUCGAAUCCUCAGAUACCACCAGCAACCUUGGUGUAAUCUCGUACCUAUGCUUCCUGGAUUCACUCAUUGAUCGUUGGGACGACGUGAAGGAGCUUCAGGCAGCGGGAAUAAUCCGUAACUUUGUUGGUGAACAAAGAGACGUGGCCCAAUUUUUCAACAACGUAUGCAGCAAAUUGGUACCAAAUCCUUCUGCUUACAAAGAUGUAAAAGAACAGAUUCAAAAUCAUGUUGGCAGGCACCAGAAUUGCAGAUUGCGCAAGUGGUAUAUUCAGUGCAUGCAAAAAUAUUUCAGUAGCCCCUGGAGUUUCAUAGCUUUGAUUGCUGCAGUUAUAGGACUAUUGCUUACUGGCAUUCAGGCUUACACUUCACUCUUCUCCGGCUAG